UCGCCAGCCGAGAGAGCAGCUCCGCAGAGAUACUCUACGUCAGUUCCUUGCCUUUCUUCGGGAAAUGUCACUAAGUUUUGGGUGUUCUUUCUGUUCCUGUAAUAAGAUUUCUUUGCCGGCCCUCUGGUUCAUUUCCUCUGGCUGUGUUUUCCGGGUUCUGCCUCUCUGUGGAUGUCGAUGCUUCCUGUGUUUGUCAGUUAGACUGGGGCAGAGAGAGAGAGAGAGAGAGAGAGAGAGAGAGAGAGAGAGAGAGAUUCACCAUGAACUGACAGCGCCGAGGUGACCCUCUAACUACUCGCCCAAGUGUGGGGCGGGGGUAAGGGGGGGGGGGUGUUGAGGAUUUGAACAACUUUUCACUCGACUCGAAGGUUCAAAGUGGCCCAAAGAUGGCUCGAGACUUUCCAGCCAAGAGCCUCGAUAACAUUGAUCUGUCCUGCUUGCGGGAUCCUGCAGGGAUAUUUGAGCUGGUUGAAGUGGUCGGCAAUGGGACCUAUGGCCAAGUCUACAAGGGGCGUCAUGUGAAGACAGGACAGCUAGCAGCCAUUAAGGUCAUGGAUGUCACAGAGGAUGAAGAAAUGGAAAUUAAGCUGGAGAUUAAUAUGCUGAAGAAGUAUUCACAUCACAGGAACAUUGCAACAUAUUAUGGGGCUUUCAUCAGAACAAAUCCUUCCAGUCAUGAAGAUCAGCUCUGGCUGGUAAUGGAGUUCUGUGGAGCAGGCUCUGUCACUGACCUGGUCAAGAAAACCAAAGGCAACAGCUUGAAGGAGGACUGGAUAGCAUACAUCUGUCGGGAAGUUCUACGGGGACUGGCUCAUCUUCACUCUCACCACGUCAUCCAUCGUGACAUCAAAGGACAGAACGUGUUAUUGACCGAGAAUGCAGAAGUUAAGCUUGUUGAUUUUGGAGUCAGUGCGCAGCUGGACAGAACCAUGGAGAAACGGAAUACCUUCAUCGGGACACCUUACUGGAUGGCACCAGAAGUGAUUGCAUGUGACGAAAAUGCGGAUUCCACGUAUGAUUACAGAAGUGACCUGUGGUCUUUGGGAAUCACCGCAAUUGAAAUGGCAGAAGGAGCUCCUCCACUCUGUGACAUGCAUCCCAUGAGAGCACUCUUCCUCAUCCCACGGAACUCUCCCCCCAAACUGAAGUCAAGGAAAUGGUCCAAAAGAUUUAUGAACUUUGUAGAAACCUGCCUGGCUAAGAACUACUUGCAUCGACCCUCCACUGAAACCCUAUUGAAACAUUCGUUCAUCCGCGACCAACAGAAUGAACGCCAAGUCCGCAUAAUGCUGAAAGACCACAUAGACAGGACCAGGAAGAAGAGGAAUGAGAAAGAUGAAACAGAAUAUGAAUACAGUGGAAGUGAAGAAGAGGAUGACGGAAUGAAUGAAGAUGAAGGAGAGCCAAGUUCCAUUGUGAACCAGCCUGGAGAGUUAACGCUGCGACGGGAGUUUCUGAGGUUGCAACAGGAGAGUGCGAGCCGCCCGACAUCUCAGCAGCAGCAGCAGCGACUGUCACAGCAGCAAAUGCGCGACCAGGAACAGCACAAGAAGAACCUGCUGGCUGAGCGUCAGAAGCGGAUCGACCAGCAGAAGGAGCAGAGAAGGUGGCUGGAAGAUCACCACAAGAGGGAAGAGGAGCAGCGGAGGCAGCAGGAGAGUGUGAAGAAGGCAGAGCAGAAGGAGAGGCACGGGAAGGAACUGAGGAGUAAAGAAGGAAAGGAAGAAAUGAGGUGGGCGGAGGAGGAGAGGUGGAAAAUAGUGGAAGGGAAAAGGAAAGCUGAAAUAAAGCAGGCAGAUGGUCUUCCAGAAUCUUGGAUGAAUGAAAGCUCCAAAAUAAUGGACCAUCCUCACCAGCAGGGAGCAGAAAGACGAAAGAAAAUAGACGAUGGUUUAGCUCAAUUACACAAUAAACUGGACAAGACGGGUCUUGGCCCCCGUGUACCUGCACACUGUGACUCCACAAACAGCGGCAGAGCAAAUCACAACUCUGCUCUGACAAGUCCCACGGACUUACAGGAUUUGGACCUGAAGGAGUUCAGGAGCAAACUCUUCAGUGCCCUCUCGCUAACUGAUGUGGGUUUGAUGCCAACAUCGCCUGAACCAGAUGAUGUGUUUUGGGAGGACACAGCACCAGCUCCCAAGGUUCCUGAAAGAACAGUGUCUAAAUCCCACAGCAAAGAACAUAUAAACAGUCAUGCUGGUCAGAACAGUGUUUUCAGCUUUGAAAUGCAGUCCCGAUGGGAGAGGGUGGAGUGCCCACCAGCCAAGCAUGUAACAGGCAAUUCCCCCAGAAACAGUUCACAGACUGGACUUCAAUCUAGUUCCAGGGCAACACCGGCACCUGUUCUAAGUUCGUCCAACUCAAGUUACAAGCAGCAGAGUAGGAGAUACGAAGAGAAAAGGAGUUUCCCUAUUUCUAGACAUCGUACGGAGGAGAUUGCAUCAGGCAGAGGAAAGUCGGGCCCCACCCCCUUUUUCAAGGCAACAGAUUACUCCUCAUCAAGUGAUGAAAUUGGCAGUACUGAUGAAGAUGAUGAACUGAAUCACAACAGAUCCAGGCAACCUGCCAUUUUAAACAUCAGUGACAUGCAGUGCACCAACACAAGGGUUUCAGAUGGCAUCGAGCUGCAGCCACAUGCCACCUUGAGUGAAGAACAGAGCGUAGCAGGGCAGGAGGGUAGGAGAAGGCAUGAAUGUCCAGGUGUCCUCAGUCCGAUACAGCAUCUCCCAGACAUCCUGCAGCAAAGCCACAACACCAGCACCUCGGCUGACCAGCAAGAAUUGGGGCAGACCCUCCACAACGAGAUUACAACUAACCAGGGUCAGCAGGUGGAGAGUCCACAACCUAAAGGUAGUUCUUCUUCAUCUUCUUCUUCGUUCACAUCGUUUAUCGACCCCAGGCUCCUACAAAUAUCUCCGUCCAGUCCUACAGGAACACCAGGUAGUGGUAAGUGUGAGCCCCUUCAAAGAGACAGUACGAGAAAAGGGUCCGUUGUGAAUGUCAACCCAACCAAUAUACGGCCGCAGAGUGAUACACCAGAAAUCCGCAAGUACAAGAAGAAAUUUAACGCAGAGAUACUGUGUGCUGCUUUAUGGGGAGUUAAUCUGCUGGUGGGCACCGAGAAUGGACUCUGGUUACUGGAUAGAAGUGGGCAAGGCAAGGUUUAUUCCCUCAUCAGCCGAAGACGCUUCCAGCAAAUGGAUGUACUGGAGGGACUGAAUGUGCUCAUCACCAUAUCAGGGAAGAAGAACAAGCUGAGAGUUUAUUACCUGUCGUGGCUGAGAAACAAGAUACUGCGCAAUGACCCAGAAGUGGAGAAGAAACAAGGCUGGGUGCCGGUUGGUGAUCUGGAAGGCUGUGUCCACUACAAAGUUGUUAAAUAUGAAAGGAUUAAAUUCCUAGUGAUUGCUCUGAAGAAUUCGGUUGAAGUCUAUGCAUGGGCUCCAAAACCGUAUCACAAAUUCAUGGCAUUUAAGUCUUUCUCGUCUCUCCCGCACAAACCGCUGGCAGUGGACCUCACAGUAGAGGAAGGUCAGAGGCUGAAAGCUAUCUAUGGAUCCACAUCAGGAUUCCAUGCCAUUGACGUUGACUCGGGAACGGUUUAUGACAUCUACCUUCCGACUCACAUUCAAGGGAGCAUUCAGCCUCACGCCAUCAUUAUCCUUCCAAACACGAACGGAAUGGAGCUGCUGAUUUGCUACGAAGAUGAAGGGGUCUAUGUAAAUACGUACGGCCGGAUCACCAAAGAGAUAGUUAUGCAGUGGGGAGAGAUGCCCAACUCAAUCGCCUACAUCCAGUCAAAUCAUAUCAUGGGUUGGGGAGAGAAAGCAAUUGAGCUUCGUAGUGUGAAAGACGGGCGGCUUGAUGGAGUAUUUAUGCACAAAAAAGAACAGAAACUUAAGUUCCUGUGUGAAAGGAAUGACAAGGUGUUCUUUGCCUCGGCCCCAUCUGGUGGAAGCAGUCAGAUUUAUUUUAUGACCCUUGGCCAGAACUCUCACUUGAACUGGUAGCCACUGGGAAUACUGAGCACACGUUCUGUGUAUGUUGGAUUGCACUGAAGUGAUCAUUUCUAUGUACUCACACCACACUGGCCCUCAACUAACCGUGCCAGCUACAUCCAUUACAACCAAUGAUACAUCAUGGAAUACUAGCCUGUCGUCUGUUCGACAAUAACUAAAACUGGUUUCAGUAAUUCUGCUGAUUUUUUAUAUAUAUAUAUAGUAUCUAUGUUAUUGGAAUAGGGCAGGUUGUUGUAGCAAUCAGGGUUGUUAGUGCAUUACUGUAAUGUUAAAGCAAAAAGGUAGCUCAGUGUACCAGUUGUGAGCAGAUAUAUACAAUCAGUGGUCACUUUGUUAGGUACAGGGUGGAACCCAGUGUAGUCUUCUGCUGCUGUGAUCCAUUCACUUCAAGGUUCAACGCGUUGUGUGUUCCGAGAUGUGCUCUGCACACCACUGUUGUAACGCGUGGUUAUUUGAAUUACUGACACCUUCCUGUCAGCUUGAAACAGGUCAUUCUCCUCUGACCUCACUCAUUAGCGAGGCAUUUUUUGCCUACAGAACUGCUACCCACUGGAUGCUUUUGUUUUUUGCAGCCUUCUCUGGUGUGAGUGAAAAUCCCAGGAAACUAGCAGUUUCUGAGAUACUCAAACCACCCUAUCUGUCACCAACAAUCAGUCACUUAGAUCACAUUUCUUCCACAUUGUGAUGUUUGGCAUGAACUCCAUGAACAUGUCUGCAUGCUUUUAUGCAUCGAGUUUCUGCCACAUGAUUGACUGAUUAGGUAUUUGCAUUAACGAACAGGUGUACAAGUGUACCAGAUAAAGUGGCCACUGACUGUAUAGUAUCUAUGUUUUUGGUUGUUGUAGCAAUCAGAUAGCAUAUUACUGUAAUGUUAAACAAAAAGAUAGCUUGACGUACCACUGACAGCAGACAGAUUUGUGCGUAAUCCUUUUGUACAAUAACAUCUUUGUGGUUCACCCCACCCUGCCCUGAGCUAGUGAUUGAGCAGUUCACCUCAGUAUUUUGUAUAUUCAGUAUAAAUGGGUUUUAUGAAGGUAGUGCUAAUGUUAAGACAAUUAAUGUACUGUAACUCAUGUGGAAGUAAUUCUCUAACCUUGCACCUUUCUCAAAAUGGCUUUCUGCCACUUUUGAUAUUCAGAGAAGUGUGAUUGCCUGACUUUAGAUGAUUUUUAAACAGAAUCAUUCAUUGGUUAAUCAUUUCUAGGCACUCAAUAUGUUAGUCUCGUGAAGAUAGGUUGAGUGAGCUGGGGCUUUUUUCUUCCGAGCAAUGGAAGAUGAGAGGGGACUUGAUAGAGGUGUUUGCGGUGAUAAGAGGUAUAGAUUGAAUGAAGCCCCAGAGACUUUUCCCAGGGCAGAAAUGGCCAAUAUGAGAAGGUAUAAUGUUACUGAGAUCUGAGGAAUGUGUAGAGGGGGAUAUCAGGGGUAGACUUUUUUUCUUACACAGAGAGUGGGAUGGUUGUGUGGAAUGUGCUGCCAAGGUGGUGAAAGAGGCAGAUACAUUAAGGAUAUCUAAAGGACUCUUAGAAAGGAACAUUGAUGAUAGACUAAUGGAGGGCAAUACGGGAAGGAACUGGUCAUAGAAUAGAUUAAAAAGUCAGCACAACAUUGAGGGCUGAAGGACCUGUACUUUGCUGUAAUGUCCUAUGCUCUCUGGUUCUAGACUUUGGAUACAAAACAGAUGUAAGGAAAGAGGCGAUUAUUCAGAAACUUGAUCUGGUUGCACUAGGGAAUGAGAUUGCUCCUAAUCUGCUCCGUAAAUUCAUUUUCCUGCCCUCACACCAUCUGUCUUUCUUUCCUGACAAAACUCAUUGCAUUGCCCCUGACAAUAGGACAAGAGGUUCCUAUGCUCUACCUUUCAGUGAAAACAGCUCUUCCUAAUUUUACUGAAGAAUGCUGAUGGAAAAUAGGUCAUUCAUUUCCUUUCCAAACUUGCUUAUGUUUCUCUGUAUUGAUUCAUGGCGAAUGAUUAUCACUGACAAGAUUAUUUCCCUGAAAGAUCAUUGUCAUCUGACUGUACAUAUAUACAGACGAAACAAUGUUCCUCCAGACUAUGGUGCACCCACAAAACAUCUGUCCUAUACAGCACUUAAAACAAAAUAUCAUCACAAAUAAGUUAAUGAAAUGUAAUUCAAAACGCAUGUCGUGUGCAGCACAAGUAAACAGUAAACAGCUUGCUGUUUCGGUGAUGAGACCUCUGUGGUGGCAGCAAAUUUAUUAGUCUCACAGUCUGAAGGAAGAAGCUGUUAUCCUGUCUGCAAGUCCUAGUCCUGAUGCUCCUGUACCUCCUUUCUAACGGUAGUGGGUCAAAGAGAUUGUGGGAUGGGUGGUAGGGAUCCUCAACAAUGCUUCAGGCCCUUUGUAUAUACCACAUCGGUAAAUGUCACAAAUAGGGGGAAGGAGACCCCACUUAUACAAUCAUCUGUAGGGUCUUGCAGUCCGAUGCCCCUCGAUGUUCCCUCUGCACUGCAAAUACUUUCUCUGUGAGCUGCCAAAUUAUUCCCUCAAUGUUUCAGCCUGGGUUUUAUUCAGAUUCUGACAAAUCUAUUUAUUACAUGUCCAUGCUAGGAUACAGUGAAGUGCUUUGUUUGCAUUAAUUACCAAUACACCUAAGGGUGUGCCGGGGGCAGCCCACGGCUCUCGCCAUAUUUGGUGUCAACAGUCGUGUCCACAAAGCUCAGCACAACAAACAACAGAACAACAACAUGUAAAAAAAACCUUUCUUCCCUCUACCAGAGAUGAACCACUGGACAUUAAUGUUAACGCAGCCAAUUAAGCUCUAUAGUAAGGAAUGGGGUAACUACUUUCCCUGAAAGGGUUUCAGUAUUUAAUCACAAAAAAAGAGAAAAUCUGCAGAGGCUGUAAAUCCGAAGAACACACACAAAAUGCUGGAGGAACUCAGCAGGCCAAGCAGCAUCUUUGGAAAUGAGUAUAGUCAACAUUUCGGGCCAAAACCCUUCAUCUGAACAGUCCCGAUGAAACGUCUCAACCUCAAACAUUGACUAUACUCUUUUCCAUAGAUGCUGCCUGGCUUGCUGAAUUCCUCCAGCAUUUUGUGUGUGUUGUUUGUAAGUAUUUAAUCUCCAAUUUUCAUGGCAUUUUCUUAGGUCCAAUUUAGAGUGAAAUUCUGUGUAUAUUCUCCCAAGCAAAUUAUUUAAAUAAGACUGCAUUAAAAUAAGACUGGAUGAUAAAGGCUUGGUCCAAAGGUGAUGAAGACAUUUGAAAUUGACUACUGAAUCCCUUUGCAAAACCAGGAGAGGCAUUCAUGUCAUCUGGAGCCAAUCAAAGCUUAGUUCCUCAUCUUGUAGCAAUUGUCCCCCUGCUGUCCAGGAAGUAAAACUGACAUGGGAAAUAACUCCUUUUAUUUCAUCCCGCAUCCCCAUCUGGUGUUUGGUCUGAACAACAACUGUACCUCUUGAUCAUGUUUGCAUGCUUUUGUGCAUUGAAUUGUUGCCACGUGAUUCGCUGAGUGAGAUAUCUGCAUUAACAAGAGCAGGUGGACCUAUUAAGUGGCCACUGAGUGUUUAUGAGGCAGGAAACAGUGGUGCGUGUGUGUCUUUGUGCAUACAUCAUCAAAAACACAGACCAAAAACAUAAUAACACACACAAACACAGACACAGCCAAACACAAAUACAGACAUACAAACAGAUAUAGAUGAUGAAGAUACAGGAACACACUCUCUCUCUCUCUCUCUCUCUCUCUCUCUCUCUCUCUCUCUCUCUCUCGCUCUCUCACUCUCACUCUCUCUUUCUCUCCCUCCCUCUGAAGACUGGGUAAGAAUGGCUGAUUUUUUCCUCCAUAGGACAUUAAUGAACCAAAGGAGUUUUACAAGAAUCUAGUAGUUUUAUGAUCAUCAUUAGCAACACCAUGUGUUAAUUUAAUGAACUUAAUUCCCCAUUUUUUAAACUCCUUACUUUGGAUCAUUAUUCAGCCCUAGAUUACUGUCCAGUGACAGAAUCACUGUCAACCUGACUUCCUGAUGAAUGUUUUGAUAUGGUACCAAUAAAAACCAGGUGUUCAUGGUGUCCCCAAAUCUAACGAUCAUUCUGUCGAUGUGAGAGUAACACUCUCAUACUCCCAAAUCUAAACAUCAUGCUAUAGAUGUGAGACUAACACUCUCAUACUCCCAAAUCUAACCAUCAUGCUAUAGAUGUGAGAGUAACACUCUCAUAUUCCCAAAUCUAACCAUCAUGCUAUAGAUGUGAGACUAACACUCUCAUACUCCCAAAUCUAACCAUCAUGCUAUAGAUGUGAGAGUAACACUCUCAUAUUCCCAAAUCUAACCAUCAUGCUAUAGAUGUGAGAGUAACACUCUCAUAUUCCCAAAUCUAAACAUCAUGCUAUAGAUGUGAGACUAACACUCUCAUACUCCCAAAUCUAACCAUCAUGCUAUAGAUGUGAGAGUAACACUCUCAUAUUCCCAAAUCUAACCAUCAUGCUAUAGAUGUGAGACUAACACUCUCAUACUCCCAAAUCUAACCAUCAUGCUAUAGAUGUGAGAGUAACACUCUCAUAUUCCCAAAUCUAACCAUCAUGCUAUAGAUGUGAGAGUAACACUCUCAUAUUCCCAAAUCUAACCAUCAUGCUAUAGAUGUGAGAGUAACACUCUCAUAUUCCCAAAUCUAAACAUCAUGCUAUAGAUGUGAGACUAACACUCUCAUACUCCCAAAUCUAACCAUCAUGCUAUAGAUGUGAGAGUAACACUCUCAUAUUCCCAAAUCUAACCAUCAUGCUAUAGAUGUGAGAGUAACACUCUCAUAUUCCCAAAUCUAACCAUCAUGCUAUAGAUGUGAGACUAACACUCUCAUACUCCCAAAUCUAACCAUCAUGCUAUAGAUGUGAGAGUAACACUCUCAUAUUCCCAAAUCUAACAAUCAUGCUAUAGAUGUGAGAGUAUUCAGCAGGACAAGCCCAGUAACAGUAACAGUAACAAGCCCAGUAACAGUAUUUUUGGGUGUUUUUACCGAUAUCCCUACCUGAUAAUUAGUUCUAAUCUGAUUGUUGAAAUUAUCCAGAAAUCUCCACAAAAGAAUUGCAUUUUCGUUUUUUUCAAAAAAAGACCUCUUUGUGCCUUAGAAGUCAUUUUAAUGAAUUAUGUCCCUAAUUCUUUUGCAUUUUAAAAUAAGGUCCUGGUUAAAACAAGUGGUGUUAUGUCUGUCUGCUAUGUCCCUUCCCCCACUAUUUCCCAUCACUUCAGAAACACUGUCACUGUUCAAUAGAUGCUUGACCUGAUUCGCCAGUCACAGUAAGCUCGAAUAUUUCCUUCCACACUUCACAACACAUCGAAAAUCAGUAGAGCUGUUUGUAAUACUCUCUUGAGAGAAAGUGGUUCAACAGUUCAAUUUAAUGUCAGAGAAUGUAUAAUCUACAACCUGCAGCCGUUACUCGUUGCAGACACCCAUGAAACAAAGAAAAAAACCCAAAGAAUGAAUGACAGAAAAACAUUAGAACUCCAAAGUCCUUCCCCUCCCAUGCACACGCAGCAGCAAAACUUCAACCCAGCCCCUACCCCCACUUGUUCCAUCCAAAAGCAUCAGCCCCCCACCCCCGCAACCACCACCCUCAAUGCAAGCAAUAAUAAGUGCAACAAGAAUUUGAGAAAAGAGAGAGGAUGGUUAUGAGCAUAGCUAGGGCUUUUCUCUCUGGAGCGAAGGAUGAUGAGAGCUGACCUGAUAGAGGUGUAGAAGAUGACAAGAGCCAUAGAAUGAGUGGAUAGCUGGUGAUUUUUUUUUCCCAGGGCAGAAAGGGUGAACAUGAAGGAGCAUAAUUUGAAAGUGUUUGGAGGAAAGUAUAGUGGGGUUGUCAGAGGUAGGAUCAUUACAAAGGGUGGAAAUGGCUAACUCGAGGUGGCAUAAUUUGAAAGUGAUUGGUGGAAAGUACAGGGGUGAGGUCAGAGGCAGGUUUUUCCACACAGAGUGGUAUGUGCAUGGAAUGCUCUACUCGGGACAGUGGUAGUAGAAAAGUGAGGGACUUUAAAGAAACUCUUAGAUAGGCACAUGGAUGAAUGAAAAAUGGAGGAACCAAAGGGCCUGAACUGUUCUGAAAUGUUCUAUAAAAUGAACAAAAUGUCAAAGUGUAAGCUAACAGCGUGAGCAAAUCAGCAUAGAAAUGAGCAGUGAAAGUCGAGAGACAGCGAUAAUGAGGACGAUAGAAGAAGGCAGAGCUCGAAAGAUGUCUGCAGGCAGAGAAAGUGAAAGGAGAGAAUGAAGAAGUGGAAAGGAGAAUGAAGGGAAUGAGAAGCAGAUGGCAAAAGGAAUGAGCCAGGAGUCAAAGCAAUGAUGGGAAGAUAAGCCAUGAGUGAAAAGCAAAAGAGAAAGGUGAAGAAAUGAAAUAAUAUGGAAUAGAAGGAGCAAGAAAGUUCAGUCUACAAAGGUAAUCUUUUCAAAGAGAUUUGAAGUCUAAAAGAAGUACUAAAUUGACCACAUGGCUUUAUUUUACUCCACCUUCUAUUAACACUCAGACCUAGAGAGGUCAAUCCCACCAAUCUUCUGAACACCAGCUGCAGGGAAUAAAGGAAUAUUUGUCUGGUUGAUUGAUGAAGAAGGGCAAAUUGUUGUAUACAGGUGAAACUUAGUGUAAAAACUGCUGGUUCGACUCCUGCUUUUGGGCUGCACUCAGUAUCCAAUGUUGUCCACGGUUCCACGUCUGUGUCUUUCUAAUUCCUUCCUGUUCCCAGCUGUGGUUCAGUGGCCAGCUCCCUCUCACCCAGAAAUCCAGCUGUAUCCAUUCAAAGGCCAUGUCACGGGCUGGAAUACAAACUCUAACCUGGCCUACCAGUGCCCCAUCCAGGGCUCUGAGCCAGUCUCUCAGACAAAGCAUGAAAGUGACAACUGCUGGUGCUGGACUCGCAAGGGAAGCUAAACGUUCCCAUAGCACUGUUUUGAGGUUGAACAAAGGAAAGAGGUUACCCACAUUUUCAUGACUGGCCUUCAUCUCACCCUAACAAUCUGGUGCACACUGAUGGAUGAGAUUUAAGGUACCUCCCGUACCUAGUAAAGUGGCCACUGAGUGUAUCUUCAUGGUCUGCUGCUGCUGUAGCCCAUCCACUUCAAAUUUCAACAUGCUGUGCAUUCAGAGUUGCUCUUCUGCACACUACUGCUGUAACGCACGGUUAUUUGAGUUACUGUUGCCUUCCUGUCAGUUCGAACUAGCCUGGCCAUUCUCCUCUGACCUCUCUCAUUAACAAGGCAUUUUGCCCACAGAACCGCCACUCAUUGGAAUUUUUUUUUUGCACCACUCUCUGCAAACUCUAGAGACAGUUGUACAUGAAAAUCCCAGGAGAUCAGCAGUGUCUAAGAAACUCAAACCACCCUGCCUGCUAUCAACAAUAAUCCCAAAGUCACUUAGAUCAAGUUUCUUCCCCAUUCAGAAGUUUGAUCUGAACAACAACUGAACCUCUUGACCAUGUCUGCAUGCUUUUAUACAUUGAGUUGCCGCCACGUGAUUAGCUGAUUAUAUAUUUGCAUUAGUGAGCCGAUGUACAGGUGUAUCUAAUAAAAUGGCCACUGACUGUAUAUGAUCUAGCUUACAAAAGGUCAUCAUAUUAUGAAACAUUAAUCUGAUUUAUGUAGAUGAUAGUUGAUGCAGACGCGGCCUGUUUCUAUCCUACGUGGCUCUAUAACUCUCUCUGACACAUUCAUGCCAGAUGUAAUCAAAGAUGAAAUCCCCCAGAACAAAUUCACAAAAUGGAAUGUCACAUGGAAAAUCACGUUGACAAAUUUGCCCUGACAGGAGAAUCACAUCACUCUAGUGAGGACAAAUCAAUCUAGGAAGUGCCUCAUCAAAUUUCCAGAGUGGUGUGGGGUGACUGAGAAAAGGCUGUUGUAGCCUUUUGCUCUGAGUAAACUCAGUUUGCAGUCACUGCUGUGAGAGGGAGAGGGACUGAGUGACAAACACAAAAUGUUGGAGGAACUCAGCAGGUCAGGCAGCAUCUAUGGAGAGGAAUAAACAGUUGAAGUAUUGGUGUGAGACCCUUCAUCAGGACUGGAAAGGAAGAGGAAAGAAUCCAGAAUAAGAAGGUGGGGUGAGGAGGAAGAAGUGAGAAGCUGAGAUGUGGUAGGUGGAAGAGAUAAAUGCUGAAGAAGAAGGAAUCUGAUAGGACAGCACAGUGGACUAUGGGAGAAAGAGAAGGAGGCGGGUCACCAGAGGGAGGUGAUGGGCAGGCGAGGAGAAGGGCUGAGAGGAGAGACAGAAUGGGAAAUGGAAAAAGAGAGAAGUUGGGGGGUUGGAAAUUACUGGAUGUUAGAAAAAUUGAUACUCAUGGCAUCAGGUUUGAGAUACAUUUUUUUCUCUAAUAGGAUGACAAUAGUCAAUAAAUAUGACCAUAAGACAUAGGAGCAUUUAGGCUAUUCGGCCCAUUGAGUCUGCUCCACCAUCUCAACAUGGCUGAUUUAUUAUCCCUCUCAACCCUAUUCUCCUGCCUUCUUCCUGUAACUUUUGAUGACCUGACUAAUCAAGAAACUAUCAACCUGGAAAAGGUAAAGGGCUGAAGAAGAAGGAAUUCGAUUGUUUAAGAUUGUUAGAGUGUAAAGGAGAAUGAAAUAAUUGUUACACUGGAUAUGAGGCAGUACAAAAAAAAAACACAAUAAGGAACAGAACACAAUAAAAAACAAUAAAUAGAAAUACAAAAGAUAGCUUUUAUACAUAGGUUGAUUAUAUGUUCAGACUAUUAUGCUCAGCACAGGAUUGUCUGUACAUAAAAUGACUCUGACAGGUAUUGAUAAGGUACUGGUAGUGGGAAUGUGGAAGGGUGGGUUAUAGGGUGGAGGUAUUGAUCAGCCUUACUGCUUGGGGAAAGUAACUGUUUUUGAGUCUGAUCAUCCUGGCGUGGAUUAUGAUUGGAGUGGGACAAACAGUUCAUGAGUGGUGUGGGUGGGAUCCUUCAUAAUAUAGGAGAGGAGAGUGGACCAUUGGAGAAAGGGAAGGAGGAGGGACACUGGAGGAAGCUAAUAGACAGGUGAGGAGAAGAGAUGAGUGAAUAGGGAAAAGGAAAAAUACUGGAAGUUAGUGAAAUCGAUGUUCAUACCGUCAGUUUUCAGUCCUGAUGAAGGCUCUCAGCACAAAAUGUUGACUGUUUAUACCUCUCAUAGAUGCUGCCUGGCUUGUUGAGUCCCUCCAGCAUUUUCUGUGUUGCUCUGGAUUUCUAGCAUUUGCAGAAUCUCUUGUGUGUUGACUGGGUGUUAGCGCAAAAUGGGUGAUAAUGAUCAAGACAUCUGUUGUACAUAUCAACACACACAAAUUGCUGGAGGAACUCAGCAGGUCAGGCAGCAUCAAUGGAAAGCAAUGAAUAAUCAACAUUUUGGGCUGAGACCCUUCAUCAGGACUGUAAAAAAAAGAUGAGAAGUCAGAGUAAGAAUCUGGGGGGAGGGGAGGAAGUAGCACAAUGUGGUAGGUGGUAAGUGAAAGUGAGAAGGGGGAGGGGUGAGGUAAAGAGUUGGGAAUUAAAUUGCUGAAAGUGAUAAAGAGCUGGAGAAGGAGAAUCUGAUAGGAGAAGGUGGAAGACCAUGGAGGAAAGGGAAGGAAAAAGAGCACCAGAGGGAGGUGAUCAGCAGGAGAGGAGAUAAGGUGAGGGAAGGAAACAGGAAUGGGGAAUGGUAAAUUGGAAAAGGGACAAUUACUGAAAGUCCAAGAAAUUGUCCAUUCCUCAGUUUAACACUUCCAAUUAUCUCCAUUGUAGAACUCUGGAAUUUGGCAAAAUACAAAAGGGUUUUGAGGAACUUUUUUUCCCUAACUAUGACUAUGAUGCAUGCCUCUUUAUUUUCUAUUUGCACAGAAAUUUGAGUGUACACCAACAUGUGACUGAAUGUGGUCGCUCCCAGAAUGGAACAAAUUCUUCUGGGUCGUAUGCUGUCACUUUAAAAUUCGACCAGGCUCUUCCUGACAUGACUUACAUUUACAAGUUCAACAAUUUUCUCUGAGGCUCAAGAGGUGACAACCAUUGGUCGUUCUCUGGUCAAUCAUUGCACUGUACGGAAAUGGAAUCCUAUUCAGCCUCAUAUCAUUAUUUACUUCCAUCAACUGGCAAACCGCUAUAGUUCUGAAACCAUGUAUCCAUCAGCUUCACUUGCAAAUGCGUCCCUAGUUAGCACAGACACUGAUCUACUCUGUUAUCCUUGGCCUGAACCUGAAUUGCCCUGACUAGGAAAACCUAGAACCCACCCAAUCUUCUCAGCCCUGACUCCCCAACAUCCAGAAUAACCAACCCCAAAAUUCCUUGACGAAAGCCCUAACCCCUCACCUACCCAAUUAUUUUCUUUUUGUGACUGCAUUUUUCUGAUAUUUUGUAUGUGCUUGCUAUCAUAUAUGUUCUAUGUGUCUUGUUUGUGACUGUUGAUACUGUGUUUUGCACCUUUAGCCUGGAGUAAUGUUGUUUCGUUUAGCUGUAUUCAUGGGUAAUUAUGUCUGGUUGAACUUCAACUUGAAUCUCCAGUGGUCAAAUUCAAUGAGAGGUAUAGAGAGCAAGAACCAUCAGAGUCUUCUUUCCCAGGAUGGAAAUGUCAAAUAUUAAUGGGCAUGGUUUUAAGCUGAGAAGGGCAAAAUUCAAAGUGGAUUUGUGAGGCAAGUUUUUUAACACAGAGAGUGGUAGGUACCGCUCUGGUAACUGUCAGAGGAAGUGGUCAAAGUAGAUAUGAUAGCUACAUUUAGCAUUUAGACAAGGAUAUGAACACGUAGGGGAUAGAGAGAUGUAGACCACAUGCAGGCAGGUGUGCAGCUUGGCAUAGACAUUGUGGGCCAAAAGGCUGUUCCUGUUCUGUGUUGUUCUUAUGUUCUAUCAAUUCCCAGCUGAUCUGUCUGGAGCAGGUAGUGGUCGAAGGAGAUGAGUGAGGGCUUUGGAGAGCAUCUGCAACAUUGGGAAUGCGAGAAAUGUGGGUAUCUUCACUGACAGUGAAUGCUGGAAAACUCAGCAGCUCAGGCAGCAUCCAUAGGAAGAGAAAAGUUGAGUUCAUGUGACAGGUGAUCUUACAACAGAAAUGGCCAUUUCUGAAAUGUGCAGGAAAGGCCAGUUAUAUGAAAUUGUUGAAUAUUGUGUCCAUUGUAUCAAUAAUGAAUCAUUAAACGGUAUUUUAGUAAAGACAUAAAUUAUUACAAUUUUAAGAUUGAUGCCUACAUUUAACGGUUGAGGAAAUAGGGAUUUUUUGUGUGAAAUAUUGUCCCACCUCUAAUUUCAGAGCCAACAUUGUUCAAAUAUAAAAUACUGGAGGAACACAGCAAGUCAGGCAGCACAGUAGUGUAGCGGUAAGUGCAAAGCUUACAACACCAGCUGUAAGAUUGGCGGGGUUUCAAAUCCCGCCACUGCCUGUAAGGAGGCUGUACGUUCUUCCCGUGACUAUGUGGGUCUCCUCUGGAUUCCUCCCACAUUCCAAAGAUGUACAAUUAGGGAUGGUGAGUUGUGGGCAUGCUAUGACAGUGGCACUUCAGGCUGGCCAGCACAAUCUGUGAUGAUUAGGUUUGAUGCAAGACAACUGUACAUUUGAUGUUUCAAUGUGCACUUGACAAAUAAAGCUAAUCUUUACCUAUGGAUAGGAAUAAACAGUCAAUGUUUCAGGCUGAGGCCCUACAUCAAGCGACAUUUCUCGGCCUGAAACACCGACAGUUUAUGCCCCUCCACAGAUGCCGCUUGACUUGCUGAGUUCCUCCAGAAUUUUGUGUGUGAUACCGAAGACUUACAGCGUCUGCAGGAUUUCUUGUGUUUAUAUUGCUCAAAUAGACUUUAACACCCAGUGUUAAGUGACAUGAGGACUUGCCGCAGUCCCACUUGGCAAAGAUAAGUUGCCUCAGAGGCAAAUCAUUCCUGGGAUGAGAGGAUUGAGCAAUGAGAUGAGAUUGUCUCAAACCAAAGAUUGAAAGAGCAAGAGAUGUUUUAUUAAAACAAAGAAUUCUGAGAGAGUCUGACUGAGUCUGUGUCAUUUGGAUGGAGAGUGUAAUCCUGGAGAUCUUUUCUUUACAUUAGGAGAUCAGCCAGCAGUAAGCAGAAAUUUCUUUACUCAGAGGGCAAUCAAUCUUUGGACUUUCCAGUCUCAGUGGACAUCAUUGAGUUCAAUUGAUUUUUAUCCACUUAAGGAUUCCAAAUAUGAGUUUGGAUGGGAAAGUGGAUGAAAGGUGGUGGUUCAGAUAGAAACCAAGGGAAAUGUUGAGGUAACAUGAUGACGUAGCAGUUAGAGUAAAACUAUUACAGCAACAGUAAUCUGGAUUCAAUUGCACUGCUGUCUGUAAGGUGUUUGUACAACCUCCCGGUGACUGCCUGGGUUUCUUCUGGGUGCUCUGGUUUCCUCCCACAUUCCAAAGAUGUAUGGGUUAGCGGGUUAGUAGUCAUGAGAGUGAUACAGGGCAGUGUGGGCUCAUUGGGCUGGAAGGGCCUGUUACCAUUCUGAAUCUCUAACUAAAUAAUCACGACAAGUGCAGGCAAGUUGUGCUGAAAUGAGAAGGAUCAUAUUUAUUAGUGGAACAAGCCUGGGGGCUAAAUGGUUUACACUGCUUAUGGUGAACUAGGGGCCUCAGGCCUACCCCUGCUCAAGUUUUCUCUCUCAGUAACUGGGGCUGAUCAUGAGUGCAGGAACGAUUCUCUGGUUCCGACUCAAUCUAUCACAUAAGAAAAGUCUUUUCUCCUCUCCCACCAUUCCCCUGCCAGGGUCAACUAACUGUACUUUGGCGACGGGUUUAAGCCUUCAGAAAAAAAAUUGAACGGACAGCUCAGCCAUUCUGAGACUUGCACUGAAGCAUUUUAUAAGCAGAAAUGGAUGAACAAUCCACUAUGCCCAAGCACCCCCAUUCCCGACACUCUCCAGUCCUAGAAACACAGCAUGAACACGUGGGAGAAGGAUGGAAGUCUCGUUCAUGUCCCACUCUGAAGACUGAACAUUACAGUCUUCUCUGAAUGCAGCACUAUUGGGAGGAAUUCGGACAGUCAGGCAGCAUCUAUAGACGAGAAUAAACAGUUUAUUUUUCGGGCUGAGGCCCUUCCAUUUAUUCUGUUUAUUCCCUCCAUAGAGUCUGCCUGACCAGCUGAGUCCCUCCAGCAUUUUGUAUGGGUCAUUCAAGAUUUCCACACCUGCAGAAUCAUUUGUGUUAAAUACUAUUUGAGUUCUCUUUUAUCUUUUCAGCCCAGGAUUUUUAAGGCCUGUGAUUACUUGAGAAUUAAUCAAUCAACAUGGAUGGAUUUUGUUUUAAAUUGCAUUUUAACAAAUGUUCUAAAUGUGAUUAAAAUUGUUACAA